AUGCAGCAAGCAUCUAAUCAAGCUAAGCAAAGACUAAACCCUCAAUCGCCAACAAAACCCCAAAUGCAUGAUCAUACAAUUGAUAGAGGCUUUAUUUAUGAUAUUACAAAAACCAACUCAUCUAAUCAAUCUUGGGAAGAAAUUAAAGUGACUUUCGUGAAGCCAGACCACACAAGCUUUUCAGAGUAUCUAGUAUUUGAUAAAACUCAAGAAGAUCUGAAUGAAUCUAUUGAAGAAGUGAUGAACUGCAUUUCUGAAAGUCUUUAUGAAACUGACAGACAAAUUUUAGUUUCCUAUUUAUCCGACAUUAUGCGAUUAGGCACCAUAAAGAAAGAUAAAGACAUCCUAUCAAGUUCCAGUAAAAGUGCAAGAGACAUUGAAUACGAUGAGAAAAAUGCUGAAAUUGCUAAAUCUUUUUAUUCUGGAAUAAAUCGAGAAGCAGUUUCAAAAGAGAUUAAGAAGCACAUCAACUGAAUAACUAUUGAAGAAAAAGAAGACACAGUCAAUCAAGCUUUUGAAUUAAUAAGAGCUCAAAAGCUGCAGCUGCAAAUAGAACUUCAUGAUAUCUUUAUAAAUGAGCGUGAAACAAAAAGAAAGACACCAUUUAAAACUCCUGGAGAAACUGAUGACAAAAAUUGUGGGGAAAUUGAAAAGAGAUUAGAAGAAAUUAUAAAUAGGCGAGAAGCAAACAAUGAGUCAAAGACAGAAGUUAAGCAUAGCAGCUGCUUAGGGAAAGGUCCAGAGUGGUUUAAUGCAUGCCAAUGUGCAAUUAUAUAA